UAAAAGUGGACAGAACAGCCUGAUAAAACAGCGCCAACGUGCCCACGUCACAUAAUGUCACAUCUAUACGCUUCAAGUGUAAAAAGAAAAUGAUAAAAGACGGUAAAAGCGGUCCCAAAGUCUCCGUUUAGUCUUUAACUCUAGAACUACUGUAUUUCAUAUCCAUGCUAUAUGUUGUUUGUUCCUUAGUGCUUGAUGUCGACAUUAAGGCCUAGUUUAACCUCGGAUUAGUCAUUUCAGUAGGCUGGACUGUUACUCGUCUGUUUCAAAACAAUUAGAUUUAUUCGGUUAAAAAAACCGAGUAGAGGAGAAGAGAGGAGGAGGGAUUUCCUUGCUCCAAAACCUCUUUUCCUUUAGUUUCCAUGAGCUGGAUGAGGACUGGGAGGGGGAGGCUGGACAUUCCUCUCAUACUGUAGAGAAGCAGGGGGCUUCCUCUACUUCUCCUCUACCGCUUUUUUUGUUUUACGGUUAAACAUGAAACUUACGGGGAAAGUCUUUUUGGCCGCGAAACAGCUCCUUUUACCGCAGCAAGGAUUAAAAGUGUCGGCGAGAGCCACCAUUGAUCGAGUUUUCUUGUUUUAGAGGGAGGUUUUGUGCAGACCCAGUCCCUGAGGACAGGAGGAAACACUGAGGGAUGUUUGGGAGUAAAUGGUCGUGGAAAUAAACGGAAGAAACACCUUCGAAAGACGCCAACCAGUGCCUCUUCAAUUUGAAGUGUCUUGAGGACCUGCUGAGUCUAAAGGGAGGCCAGGACCAGGAGUUGAGUACCUGCCACCAACCUGCUACCAACACCUUACAGCAGCCCACCUCCAUCACAACUUCAACAGUCCCAUCUUCCUGCUUACCCUCACCUGUCACUUGCUACUGCAUCGCAACAUGAGCAGCUGUUGCCACUGAUGCACCCCGGAGAGCGCAGUCAGAGCAGCCAUUCAGAUGUUUCGGAAAAAAGCAUCUUCCUCCUUGAGAAUGAGAAGAAUAACAGAAAGCACUAGAUGGAAUAUUGACCGUGGGCGGAGCUUGUCCUUCCAUGAGGUGCGUGGCCAGGGUGAGGCAGAAAUGAGGGCCGCAGCUGAGGAGUCGUCCAACAGCAGCAACAGUGUAGGAGGUGGGGGCAGCACAGUCCUGCAGCGCCUCCUGCAGGAGCAGAUGAACCGGAAUUAUGUGCUGCAACAGCAACAACAACAACAACAACAACAACAACAAGGAGGAGGAGCAGGUGGGGGUGGUGUUGGAGGUUACUCGGGGCAGGGACAGGUAGGCUCCUCUGAUGAUCACUCCAUGACUCCGCACAUUGCCCGUCAGGAGCCCCAGGGACAGGAGCUUCAGACAGACAAUGGCCUGGAGAAGCUGGGGUCCAGCAGAGUAGGAGGAGGUGGAGGGAGCAGUGGAGGUGGAGGAGGAGGCAGCAGUGGAGGUUGUGGAAAUGGCCAAGGGCAAUGCCCAAACCCUGAGGAUCUCCCUACCUACGAAGAAGCCAAAGUGCAGUCCCAAUACUUCCGGGGCCAUGGCCCUCCUCCUCAGCCUCAACAGCAGAACAACCAGCCCCAGCAGCCUCCUCUCCCCGCCUCAGUGGGCACCGCCUUCUACGUCACUGGGGUGGCCAGUGCCAAGGUGCGCACUGAGGGUCGCCCUACGGUACAGCGAGUGAGCGGCACAGGGAGAGUUCACCAGGAUGAUGGACUGAAGGAUCUGAAGCAAGGACACGUUCGAUCCCUCAGUGAACGUCUGAUGCAGCUCUCCCUGGCCACUAGUGGCGUGAAGGCGCACGCUCCUGUUACCAGCGCCCCGCUCUCCCCCCAGCUACCUCCACCAGGGCAGCCGGGAGACUACUACAAGCCGCAGCACCGUGGCCCGCCUCCAGACUACCCCUUUAAAGGAAUGGGCUCGUCCAGCAAGCAGCAGGAACCUGGAGGCCAUAUUUACCAGGAGCAGAGAGGGAGGGAGCACUCCAGGGAGAUGCUUCAUGUCCGAUAUCAGCCCCCACCAGAGUAUGGCUCAUUCAGGUCCAGUAAAGAGGGUUCGGUUCACUGCCAGAGGACCCUCCAUCAGCACAGUCCCACCUCCUCUGUCACCUCCAUGGGCUCCUUGUCCCGCACCCAGUCCUCCACCCUGAGCAGCAUACUCAGUGCUUCCCACUCCUCCCAUCCCUCGUUCCCUCACCAGCAGGUCCAGGGAGAGCAGUAUCCUAGCAUGGGACCUCGCAGCCCACAGGGUCCCAGCUCCCACCAAGCAGGCGAGCCCUUCACCCUGGGACCCAUGCACCCGACACCACCAAGAGGUCAUGGUUUCCCUCAUGACCCCUACGGCUCCACCCCAAGGAUGCAUCAUCAGCAGCACUAUCAGCAGCACCAUCAGUAUCAACAACAACAACAACAACAGCAACACCACCAGCAACAGCAACAACAGCAACAACAGCAACAACAACAACAACAACAACAACACCACCACCACCAACAACAACAACAACAACAGCAGCAGCAGCAGCAGCAGCAGUUCCAAGGAGUUCCACCUCCUCAGCCCCAGGCUGGACAUUUCCCCCACCCGCACUCCUACUCCCACCUACAAGGGGAGCCUUUUGCUAUGAUGGUGCGAGCCCAUCAGAUGGUGGAUAUGCUAACAGAGGAGAACAGGAUGUUGAGGCAGGAGAUGGAUAGCUGUCGCGAGAAAGUCACCAAGUUGCACAAGUUGGAAACUGAGAUCCAGCUGGUGUCAGAGGUAUAUGAAAACCUUGCCAAGUCCUCCUCCAAAAGGGAGGCCCUGGAGAAAACCAUGAGAAACAAGCUGGAGCUGGAGGUGCGCCGGCUGCAUGACUUCAACAGGGACCUCCGAGAGCGCAUGGAGACAGCCAAUAAGCAGCUCACUGCUAAAGAGUGUGAAGGCUCAGAGGACAACCGCAAAACCAUCUCCCAGCUUCUCACACAGAACAAAGAAACGCUCCGUGAGAAGGAAAAGCUGGAGAUGGAGUUGAACGCACUGCGCUCCACGACAGAGGACCAGAGGAGACACAUCGAAAUCAGAGACCAGGCGCUCAACAACGCACAGGCCAAAGUGGUCAAAUUGGAGGAGGAACUGAAAAAAAAGCAGGUUUACGUGGAGAAGGUGGAAAGGAUGCAGCAGGCUCUGGCUCAGCUCCAGGCAGCCUGUGAGAAGAGAGAACAACUUGAGCAUCGACUACGUACUAGACUGGAGAGAGAACUGGAGUCAUUACGCAUGCAGCAGCGUCAGGGAGGGGCACAAAGCAGUGGUGCAGCCCCCUCGGAGUACAAUGCCACAGCACUGAUGGAGCACCUGAGAGAGAAGGAGGAGCGGAUCCUGGCUCUGGAGGCCGAUAUGACCAAAUGGGAGCAGAAGUACUUGGAGGAGAGCGUGAUGAGGCAAUUUGCUCUGGAUGCUGCUGCCUCCGUUGCCACUCAGAGGGAUACAUCUUCAGCAGUGAUAAGUCAUUCUCCUAGCAGCAGCUAUGACACAUCAGUGGAAGCCCGAAUCCAGAAGGAAGAAGAGGAGAUUCUCAUGGCCAAUCGGCGCUGUCUGGACAUGGAAAGCAGGAUAAAGAACCUCCAUGCCCAGAUCAUAGAGAAAGACGCUAUGAUCAAGGUGCUUCACCAGCGCUCCAGGAAGGAGCCCAUCAAGUCCGAUGUGCCAUCUGCCAUGAGACCCUCCAAGUCCCUGAUGUCCAUUUCCAACUCUGGUGGUUCAGGACUGCUCUCUCACAGCCUAGGCCUCAGUAGCUCACCCAUCACUGAAGAACGCAAAGACACCAGCUGGAAGGGCAGCCUGGGGGUUCUUCUGAGUUCUGAGUUCCGUACAGAGUCUCUCAGGACCGAGUCAAUUUCAUCAUCCCCCUCACCAGUGCUUCCUUCCACCCCGAUGAACACAAGCCACUCCAAGUCGGGCAGCAGGGACAGCUGCACACAGACGGAGAAGGGACAGAGCCAGGACACCAGCAAGCCCAGCACUCCAGCUCUGCAGAGCAUGACGCUGCCCGCUCGCCUGUCCAGCCCCAGCCCUGUCUACAUUCCAGACCGCUUAGCAGAUGUGCCAGUGUUUCACAGCAGCACCCUGGAGCGGAGGCUCCCCGUCCAGUCCCACUCACAGCAACAGACCCCUUCUGCAGCCCCCCCCACCCAACAGGAAGUGGACAACGACAUGGUGGAGAUCCUCAUCUGACCCAUCACCUCCAGCAUAAAACAUCAUCCAAACCAGUGAUUGGAGGGCAGCUCUCAGACAUGUAAAGCACCUGGCUCCUCCUCCAAACCUGCAGCUGUCUGUGUGACUGACCACACCAAGAGACACUCUGACACUCUUCUGUUUACAUGUGCAUUCAUUUAAACAUCCAGACUGACUGGAAGAUUUUACACAUGUCUUUUAUUUCUUCACGAUUUUCAUCAUGUUAGGAAAAAAACAGAAAUCAGAAGACAAAAGCAAAUUCUCCUUCCUGUCUCAUCUCAGCUUUUGCAUGUUUCCGUAAUGCAAUUGUUAAUAUGAAGUGGAGUUUUGAAGGCGGAGUCUGCAUCCUAAUCCAGUACUCUUCCUGUCAAAUUCUGUCAUUAGCUCUUUACAGGAACCAUGAGCUGGUUGAAAGAAAACUCCAGUGUUUAUACACGGCCCUGGCUCUGUAAAUGGGAAGCAAGGAGCUGUGGAGCUCAUGCAUGGGACAGAGGACAGGGGACAGAGUACACAGAACAGGGGACAGGCCAUGGAUGUAUAAAGACACAUGUAGUGGCAGUGAGAGGGAAGAUGCUUCCGUUAGUGCUGAAGGGUGUAUUUGUUGAUAUUUGACCCUGUAGAACCUGAUAAUGUAAUAACUUCCCGAUAAUGUAACAAAGUGCAUUUCCCAAUAAUGUAAUGCACUUUUUACAGUGAUACCUCGUUUGUGAAAAACGGAUGAACGGGUCAAAAGUUAAUAAACAUUCAACUUUGACCUGUUGGUGGCGCUAGAGCUCUUGAGCUAGAGUUGCCUACACAGUAUCACCACUUGAACCUAAGUAAUGGGUUGUCUGCUGUUAAGUUAUUACAAUAUGGGGGAAUUUUUACAUUAUCAGGUCUUGCGAAAUGAAGGCUAAGCUGAUAAUGUAAUAAACUCCCAUUAAUGUUAUACUUUAUUACAUUGUUGGUAAAAAGUGUAUUACAUGAUUGGGAAAUGCACUUUAUUACAUUAUCGGGAAGUUAUUACAUUAUCAGGUUUUAUAACAUUUUCAGUGGACUCAAGUGCAGAUUUUUAUUACAUUAUCGGGGUUAUUACAUUAUCGUGAAUUUAUUACAUUAUCAGGUUCUACAGAGCUUAACACCCAAACAAUCUUUCUCCACAAUUACACCCCCACCUUUAAAAAAAAAAAAAAAAAAGUUUUAGUGCCUCAUAUUUAUUUUUCCGAUGCAACUUUCUAAGACGCUUUGGGCGAUUAGUCGUGAUGGAUUCGAUAAACGUUUGAGCUGGAAUGGAAGUUAAUUAAUUAAUCGAGCCUCGAUGUAUGUUCAUAAAUGUUCACAGUAAUAAGACUGGGAGGAAAAACAGCGAGGGAACAAACCUCAAAAGCCAAAAUCAUCGUGUAAAAAAAUCAACAUGGAGAGCUUUUACAUUUAAGGUGAAGGAUUUCUGUUCUUGUCACUGUUGUUUGUGUCGCUGUGGUCAGUGACUAACUGUUUAAAUGCACUGCCUGUUGAUCUGCAGGGGUUUGUGGCCACAUUCGUUACUGCAGCACCAAUUGUAUUUCAGCACACACAGAAGCCUUACUGAAGCUCAGAAUGAGCAUUUUUUUUCCUUUUCUACAUACAAGCAAAAUAUGAAUAAUUAAUUAAUAAAACUGGCCCUUGUAGAACCUGAUAAUGUAAUAAAUUCCCGAUAAUGUAGUGACCCUGAUAAUGUAAUAAAAAUCUGCACUUGAGUCCAUUGAAAAUGUAAUAAAACCUGAUAAUGUAAUAACUUCCCGAUAAUGUAAUAAAGUGCAUUUCCCAAUAAUGUAAUACACUUUUUACCAAUAAUGUAAUAAAGUAUAACACCAAGCACUUUUAGAUUUCACGAAGCUGUUGAAUGCAUUAAUGUGUCAUGGAUACCUCGUUUGUGAAAAACGGAUGAACGGGUCAAAAGUUAAUAAACAUUCAACUUUGACCUGUUACACCUAUUACAAUAUUGGGGAAUUAUUACAUUAUCAGGACUUGAGAAAUGAAGGCUAACCU